AAACCAGUUCUCCAAACAUUGAAAGUCAUGGCGGCUUCCAUUGAGAGUUUACUCGCAGAAAUCUCCGGUGUUGACGAUCCAAUUGAAGAGUUACAGAUUUUAAAAACAGCUUUAUUAUCGAUCCCUCUCAGCGCGUUGAGAGACUCGCUGAGCGGACAACGUUUCAAUGUGAUAUUCUCUCUGUUACACUCAAAUGAAAGGGAGCAGGUGGAGCUGUGUGUGGAGAUCCUUGAACGCAUCUUAUUGGCCCUUAGUCCUGUUUCCUUGGCCCAGAACUACAGAGUGGAGCUGCAGGGGGGUCUGACCCAUCCUAAUGAAACGGUUAAGAUACUGGCCCUGACACAGAUUGGUAGAAUUUUGGAGCACCCGGAUGCUGCCACUGAAAUCCUCGACAACCAUGACAUUCUUGGAUCAGUGAUCAACUGCGUUGGAGAGGAGAAGAUGGCUGUGGCGAAGCAGGCCAUCAGGUCCCUGUCCAAACUGAGUCACUCCAAGUCCGGGUUAGACAAGUUGUUCCAGAGCGACCUGCUGAAAGUUGUGAAGGAUGUGAUGGCCACAAGUGACAUAGUCCGGUACCGGAUAUAUGAGCUUGUGGUGGAAAUUUCGUCAGUAUCUCCCAUUUCUCUGGGUUACUGCGCCAACAGCAGGUUCAUUUCUCAACUAAUCGGAGAAUUGACUGGAGACGAUGUAUUGAUCAGAGCCACAGCCAUUGAGAUGGUCACUGCCUUAGCUCAAAGUCAGCAUGGCCGUCAGUAUUUGACCCAGCAGGGUAUAAUGGACAAGAUUUCCAACAUGAUCAGAGGAGCAGAGACUGACCCUUUAUCCUCCCUCUACCUUCCUGGUUUGGUGAAGUUCUUUGGAAACCUUGCCAUUAUGGAGAGCCCACAGCAAGUUUGUGAAACCUACCCGGCCUUUCAGAACAAGGUGUUUGAGAUGGCUCUGGAUCGGGACCCGGCAAUGAUCGGUGUGGCUCUGGACACUUUAGGGCUACUCGGAUCUACUGUGGAGGGCAAGCAGGUUCUACAAAAAGCAGGAGAAACGUUCAAGGCUGUCUUGGCAAGAAUGAGCCAGCUUGCCAGCGCUGGAGCCACUGAGCUCAGGGUGCGCAGCUUGGAUGCUAUAUCACAACUUCUAACACUUCAGCCGGAAGAGCAGACGGACGACCUCUUGGCCCUCACGGAGUCCUGGUUCCACCUUUUGUCUAACCAGCCCAUGGACAUGAUCCGCAACAUCAGCACUCAGCCGUUCCCUGAGCUGCACUGUGGCGCUCUGCGGAUAUUCACCGCCAUUGCCACGCAGCUGUGGGGUCAGAAGCUAAUGAUCAGCACUCCAAGUUUCAUGGAGUUCAUUUUGGACCGUUCAACGGGUCAGGCAAAGGACGCCAAAGAUGCUAAGUUUGAGCUGGUGGGGUCACUGGUCAGUUCAUCAACAGCCGUGGAGAUACUGGGCAGCCAGUAUUACAUCCGUCUGAAGACCUUCCUCAGAGAGGGACCGUACCACGUUUCAGCUGUGCCGUCUGUCAGCACAGAUGGAGCAGACUAAUUCAAACAAAGUUCAUGGGUCUAGUUGCUUUAAGAGUCUUUACCAAUUACUUUAAGCACUGACUUUUACAGAGAUUUACAUAAUGUUUACUAUCCAGGCACUUCUACACAUCAUAAAGCACUCGCCAAAUCCUUCAAACAAUUUUUUUUGUGUAAACAAUACUUUUAUUUACCAAAUGGAAUGAUUUUUUUAUUAAAGAGGAUGGAGUCUGGCGAUAUGUGUGUUUGUUUAGUUUUUGUAUUUGGCCCAUGAGUUGCAAAGUGUUGCACCUGAAAUGUGACGUGCAGUUUCAAACACCUUGAAUGUUUUCAAAACAGAGACUCUAUAUGAGGAUCACGACGUUGCCAUCGUGGUGUCACCCAGAGGUUCGUGGACUGCUGUCCGCCAUCUUGGAUUGCGACCGUUGCCAUGUUGUUUUUUGUAACUGAUGAAAUAAAGACAUCUCACUUGUAA